AUGAGUGGAAAUACAGAAUCGAGCUCAAACAGCAUCAAGUUUGCUCCAAUGCCCAUGUCAGCGUUGCUUGCAAACCUGGCGCCCUUACGGACUCAGACUGAUACACCAGACUCUAGUUUUUCAUCUGGUGAUAGCGAUGACUCUAUUUGUGAAACAGUUGCAAAUAAAACCCCGUUGCUCAAAUCGCACGGUAGAGAAACCAAAGACGUCACUUCGGAGAAGAAAAUAUACUGUUACAAUAAAGAGAAUUUUGAUGAGAAUUGGUUGUCAAGAAGGACUUACGCAAGUAAAGAGAAUUGCAGUUUACAAGGAGCUAAUAAGUAUGAGAAAUUCAACCCAUUUCCAAAUUCAGAAGUUAAAAAACGACCUGCAUUAUCACUACACGACAACAAUAUUCAAACACAGGAAAAUAAUAUAGACUCAGCGCUAAAAAAAACACCAGAGAUUUCAAAACCUCCAAAUCGUAAAACUAAAAGUGGAACUCCUAUAAUUAAAUCUGGUAUUAGAAAGUUUACACCUGGUUCGUCUCGAUUGAGUCAGAAAAAGGCACAUUUGCAGAAUGUUCUACAAAACAGGGAUAAGGUUAGAUGUGAGUUAUUUGGUCAAAGUGAGACCAAGGAUGAAAAUCCAAUAAAACGAGAACAAAUGGCACCACCAGUGUCAGCACCACAACAAACACCUAUUAUAAUACCUGUACCUGAGACUCCAGUGAACAGAAAACAGAUUCCUGCACCUUGUGUAGCUACACCUUCUUAUCCGCAGGGUGUGAUAGGCAAUAGUGCAAAGAUAUUGUUUAAAACCACUUGUAUAAAAGACAAGAAAUACAUGUUUAUUAAAAAAUUAGGGACAGGGGGUUCCAGUGAAGUUUACAAGGUGCUUGAAGUUGGCACAUCAUGUGAAUAUGCAGUGAAGUGUGUAUAUUUAGCUACAGACCAAGAGCUGGCUCAGGGCUAUAUUAAUGAAGUAAGACUGCUGCGUGAACUACAGAAUUCGGACCGUGUUAUACGCUUGUACGACUAUGAAUAUGACCGCACGAACCGACUGCUGCGCAUGGUUCUUGAGGUGGGUGAGACAGAUCUGUCUUCGUUCUUGCGUGCGCGCGGCUCUGGUUUGCCGCCUGCACUCGUGCUCCACUAUUGGGAGGAGAUGUUGCUUGCUGUUCUAUACAUACAUGAGCAUGGCGUGAUCCAUGCGGACCUGAAGCCGGCGAACUUCCUGCUGGUGUGUGGGCGGCUGAAGUUGAUCGACUUCGGCAUCGCGUCUGCGAUCAGCGGCGACGCGACGAGCGUGGUGCGCUCGCAGGCGGCCGGCACCUACUCCUACAUCAGUCCCGAGGCGCUCAUGGGCGGCGCCGGCGGCUGCGGACGCGCAGACGAUGCCACCACACCACCCAUCAAGAUCUCAUUUCGCUCAGACGUGUGGUCACUGGGCUGCAUAUUGUACAGUAUGGUGUAUGGUCGUACACCAUUUGGACACAUUCCUAAUCUAGCGAAGCUAGCCGCCAUCCUCGACCCUAACCAUCGUAUUGAUUAUCCACCUAUUGACCAUUUCCCACCAUCACUCAUAGGGUCGCUAAAAUGGUGCUUGACAUAUAACAUGCGAGCGAGACCAUCAGUACGCGAGUUACUAUCAGUGCGCCAUUUACAGCCGCCACGAGCGCCUCUUCCGCAAACGCUGGUAGAAAAAGUACGGCCCCACCUAACACCCGAGGAGGUCCGAAUGCUUCAACGGGCACUAGUAUAG